AUUCCUCUCUCUCUCUGUCUGUUUCAGAACACCCUGGAGUCCUGUAACAUCUGCAGUAAACCCAUCAUGGAGCGUAUCCUGCGGGCGACAGGGAAGGCUUACCACCCCCACUGCUUCACCUGUGUGGUGUGUCAACGCAGCCUGGACGGUAUCCCGUUCACCGUGGACGCCGCCAACCACAUCCACUGUAUCGACGACUUCCACAAGAAGUUUGCCCCUCGUUGCUGUGUAUGUUCUGAGCCCAUCAUGCCAGCUCCAGGCCAGGAGGAGACUGUUCGUAUCGUCGCCUUGGAUCGAGACUUCCACGUGCAGUGUUACCGCUGUGAG